GUCAUUAGUACCAAAGCAAUGUAUUGUGUUCUAAUCAUUGCAGGCUCUCUAUAUUAAUCCGCCAUCGUCUCCCUUCCGUAAAUCACAUCAUUUUUUAUCUCUGCAAAUUCCUGCAGAAAAUGUUUUCCGACGACAUUUGCUUCAGAUACAGCCUCGCCGUUAUCUUCAUAAUCUCACCACUCACCAUCGUCGCCCUCCAAUUCCUCACCGCCCCAUAUGGGAAGCACUACCGGCCAGGCUGGGGGCCCUCAAUUCCGGCACCGGCGGCUUGGUUCCUCAUGGAAAGCCCCACUUUAUGGCUCACUCUCCUCCUCUUCCCUUUAGGCAAAAAUCACUCCAACCCAGUUGCUCAAAUCCUCAUCCUUCCUUACCUGAUCCAUUACUUCCACCGCACCGUGAUUUACCCACUGAGAAUCCGCCUAAAAAACAACGGCGCCGGGGAUACUAAGACGGCCGCUGGAUUUCCGGUCGUUAUUGCCUUGAUUGGUUUCUUCUUCAACCUUUUGAAUGCUUAUUUGCAGACGAGAUGGGUCUCUCAUUACGCCGACUUAGACUCCGGCCGGUGGAAAUUCUGGUUGCGAUUCGCCGGCGGAUUAAUGGUGUUCGUGGUUGGUAUGGCAGUGAAUGUUGGAUCCGAUUAUGCAUUAUUGGGCCUGAAGAGUGUAGGUGGGGGGAAAUACAAGAUACCCAGAGGAGGUUGCUUUGAGUUGGUGAGCUGCCCAAAUUACUUUGGGGAGAUUCUGGAGUGGUUGGGCUGGACUAUCAUGAAUUGGUCAUGGGCUGGUUUGGGGUUUUUAUUGUACACCUGUGCUAAUUUGGUGCCAAGGGCAGCUGCAAAUCAUAGGUGGUAUCUGCAGAAGUUUGGGGAAGAUUAUCCUAAGAAAAGAAAAGCUGUGAUUCCAUUUGUGUUUUGAGGAUGCUACCUGAUUCGUGAUAUUGUAAUCUUUAUUUCGUGAUAUUGUAAUCUUUAUUUGCAGAUUCCUGACUCAAGAUUACCAUUUCAACUAGCCAUUAAAUAAUUUUUCGGAGUUUUUUUUUUUUUUUUUUUCUAUUGCACGAUGUCCACCGUCCGAAUAAGAAAUAAGAAUACUUACUACCCGCACUUCUUGCAUCUGAACUUCUAACCCUCGUGUCGCUUCUUACUCAAUCCUUCAUUUUCUUAAGGAUUUU